AUGAAUUACAACGAGCCAUUAGAUCCGGCGAUGAUCAUAACAAAAGAGCUGUCGAAGUCUGAUGUUGUAGGUAAUAUGACAUUACCAAAAGCAGAGGUGAUGUCUGUCCUAACGAAGAUGAAUAAUGUUACAAACGAAAAUUUGCAAAACGGUGUUGAAGUGCAAGUCCACGACCUAAUGGAAAACGAUUUGUACACGGUUACUCUGAAAACUACAGGUAUUGAUAACCCUAAAUAUUACUUCGGGACUGGUUGGAGUAUUAUGAAGCAUUCGUUAGAUCUCGAAGUUGGUCAUGUCCUCAAGCUCUACUGGAACCAAUUAGAAAACAAAUUCGUUGUCCUUAAUUUUCAGUAUAAUGUAAUGCAACCAAUGAUUCCAGUGUAG